AUGGCUGACAUCCCCACCCAACUUGGUUUCAAUGAAGAAGAAACAGAAAUGUUUAAUGGGAUGACCGCACGAGAAAGAGGGGGAUUUAACCGCCUGAGAGACGACAAUUCAAGAAUUGCAUAUGUUCAAGCACUCGUGAACAAAGAAAGAUCUUGGAAAGAAAAAUCUGUAUGUUUAGCUAAAAGAAACAUAUUUUUAUUAGAACAUUUUACUAAAACUGUUUUAGCGCCUUCGCCGUUUUUUAACAUACCUUUUUCGUUAGGACCUUGGUCAAAACCUAGUUGGCUGUGGUCUCAACGUGGCUGCCCUAUCCGUUACUUUAGACAUAUUUCAGACUCUAUGAAGAAAACGUUGGAUGAGACUGUGCAUAAGAAUGACGUUGUUUUAUUCAUGAAGGGCACUCCCGAACUUCCAGAGUGCGGAUUUAGCAGAGCCGUUGUUCAAAUUUUCCAAGUUCAAGGUGUGGAUUUUUCAAAGAUCAAGACAUUCAAUGUUUUAAAAGAUAAUGAAUUAAGACAAGGUGUCAAAGAAUAUUCACAAUGGCCGACUGUUCCACAAGUAUAUAUUAAGGGAGAAUUUGUUGGCGGUUGUGAUAUCAUGCUCAAUAUGCAUCAAUCCGGAGAAUUAGAAGAGUUAUUAUUGAAACAAGGAUUAAUUGCCGAAGAAUCGGAAAAGGAGGAGUAG